AUGUCCUGGAAGCUCACCAAAAAGUUGAAGGAGACGCACCUGGCACCCUUAACUCAGGGGUUUGGUCGGUCAUCGUCCACCUCGACCAUCAAGGGCGAUACACAUGGCGAUGAAGCACUGACGCCAGUGGCCACACAGGCCCCAAGCCUCUCUUCGAACCCCUCUUCGGACGGUAUCGCCGCCUCGGAGGCCCUCGUGUCUCCCCCUGUGACCUCGGUGAAUCCAGGUAUCCUGAUCGUCACUCUCCAUGAAGGCCGAGGGUUUGCCUUGUCUCCUCAAUUUCAGCAGAUCUUCAAUUCCCAUUUCCAAAACAGCUCUUACAACGCAUCUUCUCUGCGCCCCAGCACCUCCUCCUCCUCACAUUCCAACCAUGGCCAAGCGGGCUCAUUUGUUUCGUCCAACCGACCGCAGUCCACUAGUGGGGGCAUCAAUGCUGCUCCCACCAUUCACGGCCGCUACUCCACUAAAUAUCUACCAUACGCUCUUCUUGAUUUCGAAAAGAACCAGGUUUUCGUGGAUGCCGUUUCAGGUACUCCUGAAAACCCCCUCUGGGCUGGUGACAAUACCGCCUUUAAAUUUGACGUGUCUCGGAAGACCGAACUGAGUGUCCAGUUGUACCUGCGCAAUCCAGCCGCCCGUGCAGGUGCCGGUCGGAGUCAACCCUCGCUUUGA